AGAGGGUGUGAAGUGGGGUGGACGUGUGUCUCCUUGUCGUCCAGCUAGAGGGGGAGCAGUGGCUUCUCCAGCCUGUCUGCAGCUCACCACACAUUAAAAUAACCCAACACCCACCAGAGGGAGGCUGCUGCCCAGUGGGUGUGAGGACUGGACACACUUCAAGAGAGGAGCCCACCACCAGACUGAUAGAUUGGAGUGUAAGAGCACACUACGGGAGAGCUUUUCUCUACUUUUACAGAGUGAAGGACUGAGAGGAGUGUAUUUGCCAAACAAGAUCCCCUUUGCACCAUGCCUCUGAGAGACUCAGUCACGCUGCUGCUCUGGAGUUGCUGCGUACUACUGCUUGUCCACCAAUGCGAGGGUCAAGUUCUAAAUUGCACGUGUAAUGUGACCAACAGUCGGUGUGAGGAGAAUGCGGUGUGCAGCUGUGACCCGGGUUGGGAGGGGCAGCAGUGCGACGUCUGUGUUAGAAUGCCAGGCUGUGUCCAUGGAUCAUGUCACCAACCCUGGCAAUGCACAUGCGAGCCUGGAUGGACGGGACGCUUCUGCGACAAAGAUAUCCAUGUGUGCACAAAUGAGGCACCUUGCCAGAACGGUGCCACUUGUUACACAAACAUUUCAGGGGAAUACUCCUGCCUCUGCCCCAAUGGAUUUUACGGGAGGAACUGUGAGCACAAGACAGGACCCUGUCAUAAGAUCGGCAAGUCUCCAUGUAAGAAUAGAGGGCAGUGUGAGGACAGUAGCGGCUAUGCACCAGAACUCUCCUGCCGCUGCCUGGCAGGCUUCAGUGGGCCGCGCUGCGAGACCAACAUGGACGACUGCCUGAUGCGUCCCUGUGCCAACGGUGCCACCUGCUUGGAUGGCAUCAACCGCUUCUCCUGUCUCUGUCCCGAGGGCUUCACGGGCCGGUUCUGCACCAUCAACCUCGAUGACUGUGCCAGUCAGCCCUGCCUCAAUGGAGGGCGCUGCCUGGACCGCGCCAGCACCUUCCACUGCCUCUGCAAAGCUGGGUUCACUGGCAGGACCUGCGAGGUUCCCCUACGGAGCCCAGAGAGCCAAUCACCCAUCAGGAGCUCCCAUGGCUGGGCUGGGGGAGGAGAUGGCUGGGGCAGGGUGACUCAGGCCAGGCCAGACCAGAUCACAACAGGGGGGAACCAUUCUCGGGGCAGCAGUAACAGUGGAGACAGGCUGCUGAAGAUCACUGUGAAGGAGGUGGUGACCCAGUGGGGGUCGUCUGGCCUGUCAGAGGUGCAGCUCAUCACCUUGCUGGUGCUGGGGGGUAUGACGCUGGGCGUGGUGGCUCUCACUGCUAGCCUGGUGCUGAGGGGGCAUUGGCAGGACCGCUGUGCCAGCUGCCGGUGCGGUCCCAUCCUCCGCCUGCACCCGGUGCGACACAUAGACUGCCAGCCGACCCCGCAGAGCCACCUAGUCACAGUGGAGCAGGAGUGUAAGAUCAGCUUCCUGCACACGCCCACGGCCCCCGAACUGGAGAAGAAGAAACUGAACACGGAGGUGAUUUAGGCUAGAUUUACCAUCUCCAUAGCCCUGAACACAGGACAGGAGCAGAGAACAGACUGCUUUCAGCAGAGGGAAAGCCAUGCUCUAAAUCACAGCCCUGCCUCCAUGACUGACUGUCUUCAGUACUGACUGUCAAAAUACCGACAACAUACCAAUCUAGGUAUCGAUACCUAGAAAGACGCAGGACCAAGAAGAGACCAGUGGGUAUGUUCAAGGAGAAAUGGUAGGAGAAUGUGUUUGACACUCCUAACAAAAAGAGCAUAGUCCUAAUAUGACGGAUUAUUGCUUGACCACAGGGGUAAGAGGUGCAUAACGAUAAAAUAUACUCAAGUUUUUUGGUGACUUUUGUCACAGACAAUUAAUGUGUAAUUUGUCCAUUCUCAAAAUCUGCUGUUGCGGUUACUUGGCAUGAACUGCAUGUAAGAUAGGCGUACUGACAGACAGCUUUGGAAUGUUAGCCGAGACAAUGCCCUUGCCAUGUCAACCAAAUUGGUGUACCGGUAUUUGUCAAUGCUGUUGUAGUCACAAUAUUAGGCCAAAAUGUUAGACUUGAAUGCAGAUGUGCAAUCCGCCCAUUUACAGUGGGGAGAACAAGUAUUUGAUAACCUGCAAAAUCGACAGUGUUUCCUACUUACAAAGCAUGUAGAG